AUGGCUCCAAGAUGUUGUCAUCUAAUGCAGACGUUUUCUCUGUUGUUCACCCUGAUUUCGUUCACUCAUUCGGAGGUCUUCUUAGCAUUAGCUCAUAUGAAAUAUUUGGUCCAAAUGGAGAUAAUUUUGGGAGGCCAUUUGCAACAGUAUCUGCACUAUAAUCCCUCCGCGCCGUCUGAUUUAAAGCGGCUGGCAAAAGACGUUCGGACACACGUGAAAGAUGUACAAGAUGCCGAUAUGGAAGUUUUUAUUGGCCAUCCAGUGAACUCGUAUUUACUUAUAUGGCGGUUUUUAAGGGAGUGGAGUAAUGUUGGCAACAAAUUAGAUGUGACUAAUCCCACUGGAAAAGAACUUCGUGAAAUCAUCGAUGAAUACAACUCGUCAUUUCCCGAUUUAAAGGACUUACAAGGUUGCGCCUUGGCAAUUUUGCGGCUUCAAGACGUCUACCACAUCAGCGCCGAGAAAAUUGCAGACGGCAGAUUAUCCGACAAAGUUCUGAGCCCCAGGAUGAGAACAGCUCAUUGCUUGGAGCUAGGUCACAUCAAUCAUCAUUGGAAAAAUUACGAGCAGGCUUAUGGAUGGUUUAUGGAAGCCUGGAAACGAAUGAACUCACUAGACAAAAGCAGCGGAAUUCAAAACAGGGACGUGCUUCAGUAUUUGAUUUGGGCGGAGUAUAAGACAGGUAGAAUCGAAGGCGCUCUUUAUCACACUAAUCUCUUGCUCGAGGAAGAUCCAAAUGAUAAAGAAGCGAAACAGGGCAAAGAGUUCUAUGAGAGUAGACUUAAAAUGAUGCAAGAAGGAAAUUACAUUGAAGAAGAGGAGGAAAAUGACGCGGAAAAUGGCGAGGAAAAUGACGAGGAAAAUGACGAGGAAACUGGGUCUGAAGAACCUAAGAAAGCUCCGCCAAAAGAGGAAUUUAUGUAUCAUUACGAGCGCCUGUGCAGAGGAGAGUCCAAUAAGAGCCAGGCUGAGAUGGACAUGUUAACAUGCUAUUAUUACAACAAACAUCCACUAUUGGUUCUUAACCCUGCCAAAAUAGAAAUGGCUAGUUUGAAACCAAACAUAUAUCUCCUUCAUGAUAUUAUCAGAGAUGAAGAUAUGGAAUUUAUCAAGGAACGUGCAGCUCCAAGGCUUCAAAGAGCUACAGUUACCAACAGAUUCACUGGAAAUCUUGAAUUUGCUGAUUACAGGAUAAGUAAGAGUGCCUGGUUGGAGGAUUCUGAAGGAGAAGCCAUCAGAAGAUUGAAUAAAAAAUUGAAAGCCAUUACUGGUCUGUCAACAGCCAGGGAGCAUAGUGAAGCAUUACAGGUCGUUAACUACGGUAUAGCUGGUCAAUACGAACCACACUUGGAUCACGCACUGUCAAAGAAUUCAGCCAUCUUGAAGAUGGGCAAGCGUAAUAGAAUUGCCACUGUCUUAAUAUAUAUGAGUGACGUGGAGGCAGGAGGUUCCACCGUCUUUUUGGAUGCAGAAACAAUUAUUCCAACUAAAAAGGGUACUGCAGCGUUUUGGUUCAACCUUCUCAAAUCGGGUGAAUCAGAUGUAAGAACACGGCACGCGGGUUGUCCAGUCAUAAUAGGAUCCAAAUGGGUUUCCAACAAGUGGAUUCAUGAGGACGGACAAGAAUUUCGUCGACCCUGUGGCUUAUCUCAGGAUGAAUAGAUAUCAGUUUCCAUCUAGGGGUCAUUGUUUGUGGCCUAAGGGGGAGGGGGCCGGAGGAUUUUAGUAUUGUCACGAUAAAAUUUACCAAAAACUCUGAAAUAUUUCUAGAAUCCCUCUUCAUUGGCAGUUAACUUGGAGUCAAUUUUCAGUAUAGUUCCCCCUUUAUACUCUGUUCGCGACAACUGAUACUCUCUCCAUUCCCCUUGAAAAUCAUGUGUGCCCCCCCGCCUCUCACAACAAUCCCCGUUCCCCUCAGGUGUAAAACUUGCAUGUCAAAAGUAAAGGACAAGCUUCACAGCUGAAUUUUGAAUUAGUAAACCAAUAUUGAUUUGAAUAACAUCAGGUCACUGAUAGAAGUUUAAGAAAAUAUUUUGACUCCAAUUUUUGUAAUUCAGUUGUCUAGAUAAGAAACAAUUGUUCCAUAUAACCAUAAAGGGAUUUAAAAAAGCAAUCUAUCAUGACCACGGUUGGUAAUCGAACCUGUCGUAGAUACAUAUGUAUAGAUGUAUCAUUGAGCAAGCACUAGUGAUAAGUGAGAAAGAGUAUCAAGGACAAUUUUGAGAAUGAAUUUCCGAUAAUUUCCCCUAUCUAAUUUUAUUUAUCUCCAGUACAUAGAUUUGGUAAAUCAAAGACUCCAUUUUGUUAGAGUGUGUACAAUU